UCAGUCUUAGAUGGUCUUUAUGUAGCCUGCUCAAUCACUUGUUCAUUUCACUGCUCUAGCGCUUAUGGCUAAAGGAGUCUACCCUUCAUACACUCUUGUUCUGUUCUUUGUUCUUCUUUCGUUUCGUUAUUCAAAUCAACUACAAUCCUCUCAUGCUCAGACCCUUCUCAGAAUUCAGGGGCUUUUGAAUUUUCCAGCCGUUUUAAGCAGCUGGAAUGGCAACACAGACUUCUGCAACACCGACCCAAGUCCGAAUCUAACUGUUGUCUGCUACGAAGAUAGCAUAACCCAACUGCAUAUAAUUGGGAGGAGUGGGACUCCACCACUGCCUCGAAAUUUCUCGAUAGAUUCUUUCUUAACCACACUUGUGAGGCUUCCGAGCUUAAAGGUCUUGUCUUUGGUGUCUCUCGGUUUAUGGGGUCCGUUAUCUGGUAAAAUCUCUCGCCUUCCUUCACUGGAGAUAUUCAACAUUAGUUCAAAUUACUUUUCUGGUACAAUUCCUCAAGAGAUUUCGUCUAUGGAGAAGCUACAAACGGUCAUGCUAGACGAUAAUAUGUUUACUGGCCAUGUUCCUGAUUGGUUUGGUGGCCUUCCAGUUUUAGCUGUUCUGAGUUUAAAGAAAAAUUCUCUGAGUGGACCUCUACCGAAAUCGUUAGGAACUAUGGAGAAUCUUCGAGUUCUUAACCUAGCAAUGAAUCGACUAUCUGGAGCAGUUCCUGAUCUUAGCAGUUUGACAAACCUUCAAGUGCUUGAUUUGGGAGAUAAUUACUUGGGACCUCUGUUUCCUAGUCUGGGAAGCAAGAUAGUCACGCUUGUACUUAGACACAACCGGUUUAGCUCUGGCAUCCCUUCUGAAGUAAGCUCCUAUUAUCAGCUUCAACGGCUGGACAUCUCUUUCAACAGAUUUAUGGGGCCAUUCCCGCCUUCAUUGUUAUCUUUGCCUUCCAUUACUUAUCUGAAUGUUGCGGAAAACAAGUUAACUGGAUUGCUUUCUGUAAAUAUAUCUUGCAAUGCCGAGCUGAUUUUUGUGGAUUUGUCUUCUAAUCUCUUAACUGGAAGUUUGCCGAAGUCUCUGCUGUCGGAUUCUAAGAACAGAGUUGUUCUGUAUUCUAGGAAUUGUUUGGAUACUGGAAAUCAAAAUCAGAAUCCAUAUUCAUUUUGCCGAAAUGAAGCUUUAGCUGUGGGAAUAUUACCUCCGAAACAAAAGGAGCCAAGGAAAGCUGCUAAAGUAAUUCUUUCAUUAGGUGUAAUCGGAGGGAUUUUGGGCGGAGUUGUGCUUCUUGGUCUGAUUUUCUUGGCUUAUAGAAGAGUUCAAGCUAAGAAGAUUACCAAAGUGCCUCCAACAAAAUUAAUAACAGUGAAUGCAUCAACUGGGUACACCUCAAAGCUGCUCUCUGAUGCAAGGUAUAUAUCUCAAACAACAAAGCUGGGAGCACUUGGCCUCCCUGCUUAUCGGACUUUCUCUUUGGAGGAGCUUGAAGAGGCUACACAUAAUUUUGAUUCAUCAACUUUCAUGGAUGAAGGUUCUCAUGGUCAGAUAUACAGAGGUAGACUGAGUGAUGAUUCCCUCGUCACUAUUAGAUGCUUGAAAUUGAAAAGGAGAUACAGCACUCAGCACUUUAUGCACAACAUUGAACUGAUUUCAAAACUCAGACAUCGGCAUUUGGUCAGUGCUCUCGGACACUGCUUUGAGUGCUAUUUGGAUGAUUCAAGUGUCAGCAGAAUAUUCCUUGUCUUUGAAUAUGUAUCAAACGGGACAUUGAGAAGCCACCUCUCUGAGGGGUUUGCAGGACAAACACUUACAUGGACACAAAGGAUUGGAGCUGCUAUUGGCGUAGCAAAGGGGAUCCAAUUCCUGCAUAUGGGAAUUCUGCCUGGUGUAUUUUCAAAUAGUUUGAAAAUAACAGAUGUUCUGUUAGAUCAGAGCCUUGUUGCCAAAAUUAGCAGUUAUAAUCUGCCUUUAUUGACAGAGAAUAUGGGGAAGGCUGACAUGGGAGUUUCAUCUAGUGGAGCAAAAGAACUUAGUGUUGCUGAAAGCUCAAGACAUGAGGAUAAGGUUGAUAUCUUCAACUUCGGGGUAAUCUUGAUGGAAAUCAUUGUGGGAAGACCAAUCACUUCCCAAGAAGAAGUAGAUGUUUUAAAAGAUCAGUUACAUGAAAGCAUUAUGGCUGAUGAUGCGGCUCGAAGGAGCAUCAUUGAUCUAAAAGUACGCAAGGCAUGCGUAUACGAAUCAUUAAAGACAGUUACCGAAAUAUGUAUCAGGUGUUUGUCCAAAGAACCUGCUGACAGACCUUCUGUUGACGAUGUGCUAUGGAAUUUGCAGUUUGCUGCUCAAGUUCAAGACUCAUGGAGAGGAGACUCCCAGAGCAGUGAAGGUUCACCAGUCUCGCCUUCCCAGCCGCCAGCCCUGCAGCUUGAAUUCCAACAACAGCAACACUGACUUUCUAAAUGCAUUUUCCAAGCUAUGGUCUCAAUUGACCAUGUCAUCCCUCUAUGUUGUUCGAAGCAGGGAACGGAGGGUUAGUUUAUGUAAAUCAAGGAAUCUAGAAAGCCUGCCUUGAAAAUGUUUUCAGGCAGGCUCACAAUGAU